AUGACCGCGCUGUGCCAUCCUGUUGUUUUUGCUUGUGGCUUCCUCAACUGCAAAGUCGUUUUCAAAGCACCUGAUACCACCGGCCCAGCAAAGACAGCUGACGAGUACUUCAAUCAUGUCGCCAACCAUGUCCAAGCCAACCAUAACUGGUCCUACUCAACCUAUUUCCGCAAUCUCAUGCGGCAACCGGGUGUAGAUGAUGCCUGGAAGAACCGAUCCAACAAGGGUGUAAAGCUGAGAUGGCAGCGACAUACAUCAAGCGUGUUGAGGGAGAUACUAGAGACACGCCAUAUACCGGAUGUGGGACUCUUCGUCGACUGGGCCGUAAAACUGGGUUCGAAACCGUUUUGUACACCGACGUCGCCGGUCCCGACAGGCCUCCCAGAUGCUCUCUAUCUUCCUGUGUUGAAGCACUGUGAAUACGGCGCCAACUCUGCGCCUGAGCCACCUUACCAGCCCAAUGCUUCCCCUGGCUCACCUCAGGUCCCCGACAGCCUGCCCAACAGAUCCGCAGAUUUUGAUUUCUCAGCUUAUCCUGCCCCUUCUGCUUCCAUCUAG